UUUUCCACUAAAGCAGGAUUUUCCCAUUCCCAAACCUUGGACAGAUGGAGGAGGAGGAGGCUGUGAGGAAGAGGAGGAUGUCCCAGGACCCCAAGGCAGACAAAGAGCUGAGGAUGGAGACCAAGGAGGAAAAAUCCCCCCAGCAGAACCUCGUGGAAGAGGCUGUUUUGAGCGGGUCCACAGCAAAGGAAUCCAAUGGAGAGGAAACGCCGUGGAGAUCGCACAAAAAGAGGGGCUCCAAACCCAGGCCAGGGUGCUCUGAGAGGAAAAGACCCACCCUGUGCCAGGAAGGCACUCAGAGCUUCAACUGGGGCUUGGAGCUGGGGGUCCUUGAGGAGCUUCACGCUGGGGAGAAGCCCUACAAGUGCUUGGAGUGUGGGAGGAGCUUCAGCCGGAGCAACGAUCUGCUCCGUCACCGGCUGAUCCACACUGGGAAAUGGCCCUAUGAGUGUGGGGAAUGUGGGAAGGGCUUCAGGUGUAGCUCUGAACUGAUCCGCCACGAGCGCAUCCACACAGGGGAGAGACCCUAUGAGUGUUCUGAGUGUGGGAAGAGGUUUCAGAACAGCUCCAGUCUUCUCAAACACCAGCGGACUCACACAGAUGAGAGGCCCUUCCGCUGCCCCGACUGUGGGAAGGGCUUCAAGCAAAACUCAAACCUCAUCACCCACCAGCGCAUCCACACAGGGGAGAGGCCCUACGAGUGUUCCCAGUGUGGGAAGUGCUUCAGCCGGAAUUCUCAUUUGACCAAACACCAACGCCGGCACUG